AUUUGCACAAGGAUCAGUGCACUAAACGCCAUGUGCUGCUAUGUACUGUACUGUACGUGCCAUGCUAGAGUCGACCGACGGCUGAACUCAGAUGGAUAGUGUGGGUCAUGGUUUCAUCGGGAGGGUGUCGCAGAGCAUCCGACUAAGCAUCAUCCUUGAGGGCUAUGGUCUUGAGGCUGAGCAAGACAAAGGAUGCGCGGGGUGGUGGUUGUGCUCUUUCAGUCGUGCAAUUCUAAGACAUAUGACGACGAAUUGGCUGUUGGAUUCCCCGGGAUCGAGACCAACUGCCGUAGCUGAAGGGGCGAUCAUCAUGCUAUCAUCUCCUUGGUGGUCUUGUUUUCUUUCUUUGCUUUUCAAAGCUAUGAAUAGCAAAGACAGCUCGUGUCACCUCGCUUCCUGGUUGUACUUCUGUAUCACCUUGUAUUUCAUGAUUCGUACCUGGACCGAGGAAGAGCGAGCUUUCAUCGAUCGAAAUCAUGUUGUUAAUGGGUUGAUUUGCUUCAAUCGUAGUGACGGUAUGCCGCCUGCAUCACGUUUGCUUCGAAGUCGAGUACGAGUAACCGGUCGGGACACUGCUACACUACACCAAGUGCAAUUGUCUGAUCGCCUCACCAAGAGAUAAGCCAUGAUCAUGGAAUGCAACAUCUUGUAUAACCCUGAACAAGUCCGUCCGAGCUGACAGUCAUCCAGCAUUGCUUACACAAGAAGGUUGCUUACGAGGUAUAUCGAUGUUCGCCCUCGAUACACAGGAUGCAUGUUACUUGUCCGACAUGAGUGUGCCCAUGAAAACGUCUAG